CUAAACGGUAUAUUUGAAAUGUUGACAUCGAAAUAAAACAACAAAUACUUGAAACAUCCUCACACAUUUUUUUUUGUUUUGGCGCCAUUUUUUUAUUUCAUGGAAGAAUAUUCUUCUGGCACCUUACGACAGCUAUUAGGCUCCAUAUCCGAAGUGGAGACUUUGACACGUUUUGUAGAGACUCUAUAUGAAGACCACGCAAAUGCUUCAGUUGUGCUUGUUUUUGAAAUAAAGGCAAAUUUGACUUUCCUUGUAAUAUCUCAUGGUGUGGUUCUAGUUACAAACCUUGGAAUUGUUGGAGAGAGGACUGUUGAAAGUUUUGGAAACAAUGAAAUACCUUUUGUUGUUUUGAACUACCGAAAAACUCAAGAAUUUGUUUAUUUGGCUCUUUUUGAAGUAGGAGUGAGAGUACAAGUAUGGUCGAAAUCGAAAACUGGAAAGUGCGAUUACGUUAAACUUCUGGAAGGCUCUCCAGCAAAUGCAAGCAGUUUAGAAGAAUACUUUGGUUUAGAUGACAAUAUUUUGAACAAUGUAGAUGCUUUCUCUGUGAAUUCUAGUAGCAAUAAUUCGCAGACCUUGGGAAGCUCUGUUGCUGUAAGAUUUGCACAAGAAGAUGGUCAACUCAGAUUAGGUGUUGCAUUUUAUGAAAUCGGAGACAGUUCUUUUCUAACUGGAGAAUUCUGUGAAGACGAAACAUUUGCUCUGUGCGAAAGUAUCCUUGUAAGCUUGCAAGCCAAAGAGAUUUUUUACUGCCCUGCCGAUCUUCAAGAGAAAGAACUGCGAAAAUUUCGGGAUAUGACAGCCAGAUUAAAUUUUUUAAUGACUCCACAGGAUCGCAAAGAGUUUGAGUCUUCUCUCGUAGUUCGGGAUCUUACCAAGGUUCUAGGAGAUGCAUCGAUUCCACCGAGCACCUUGGAACAGACUCUUGUAUUGCAAGCAUUGGCUGUGCUUUUGAAAUGUUGUGGAUUGGUUCCAGAUCUUAUAGAGUCAAAUGAUGAACAUUUGAGCAAGCCUCGUUUUCUUCUUAAACCAUUAGAAAUGUCACAAUACUUGAGACUGGAUGCGGCCUGCAUUCGAGGAUUAGAUCUUUUACCUCUUAAUAAUAGAGAACUAGAGCGCGUUGCUUCUUCAGUCAAAAGGAAAGACUCACUUUAUGGAAUUUUAAACAAGACGAAAACAGUUAUGGGUUCCAGGUUGUUGAAGAAAUGGUUAUUGAUGCCUUUGCAAAAUAUCGAAGAAAUUGAAAAAAGGCAGAAUGUGGUCGAAACUUUUAUUGAAAAUGCAAUUUUUCGUACUGAAUUUCGUGACAGACAUUUGAAGUUUGUACCUGACCUUGCUCGACUUUGUAGAAGAUUUCAAAAGUUGAAAAAUGUCACCUUACGGCACGUGAUUUGUCUUUAUCAACUAUCCAUUCGUUUGCCUCUUCUUCUGGAUUGCUUUUCUCAGUACACUAUGGCGGACGAUAGUAGUCCUUUGAAACCAUACUGGCAACGACUGAUUUCCUUACAUACUGAGCUGGAUCGGUUUGAAGAAUUGAUCGAAGCUACUAUUGACUUAGAUUUGGUGCAAAACAAUGAAUACGUUGUUAGUGCACGGAUCGAUGAGAACUUAUCUGAAAUGAUGAGAGUCAAAGACGAAAUACUUGCUGAGAUUGCUGUUGUCCACGAAGAUGUUUGUUCACAUCUGAAUUUGAAGACUGACAAAUUAAAAUUGGAAAGAAAAGAAAGCGCUGGUUUCUUUUUCCGACUAUCGAGGAAGGAUGAACGUUUGGUUCGAGGCAAUCCACAUUAUGUUAUUUUAGAAACACGCAAAGACGGAAUAAGGUUUGUAACAAAAGCUUUGAAUCGGUUGAGUGAGAGAUAUUUCUGUAUUUGUACGGAAUAUGAUAAAAAGCAAGAAGAAAUGGAGAACAAAAUUAUUCAAGUUGUUGCGUCGUACAUUUCUGUCUUUGAGGAAGCUAGUUUAGUAUUGGCAGAACUUGAUGUCCUUUCAACUUUUGCUAUAGUAGCAGUGGAUGCACCUGAACCUUAUUGUAGACCAUCCAUCGAUCAACCUAGAACUGGCAUUUGUUUGAUUCAAGCUCGCCAUCCCAUCGUGGAAGAAAAUUUGGAAGGAAAGCAAUUCAUAGCUAAUGAUUGCUUUCUUGAAAAUGUUUCUGAUUCAGAUGAUAGACUUGGUCAAGUUUUUAUAGUCGUUACAGGUCCAAACAUGGGUGGAAAAAGCACAUAUAUUAGAACUGUAGGAGUCAUCACUUUGAUGGCUCAUAUUGGUUGUUUCGUACCAGCAAAGAGCGCAAGAAUUGCGUUGACGGAUCGAAUUUUGUGUCGAAUUGGUUCGACCGACUAUCAAAUGUUUGGAGUAUCGACCUUCAUGGCGGAAAUGUUGGAAACUUCAUCUAUUCUUCGAUUGGCCUCUCCAUCUUCCUUGAUCAUUGUUGAUGAGCUUGGAAGAGGCACUUGUACUGAAGAAGGUUUUGGAUUAGCAUACAGUAUUGCAGAAUAUAUUGUGCAGCACAUAGGAUGCCCCUGUAUGUUUGCGACACAUUUUCAUGAGUUGGCGUUUCUUGCCGAUACAUUUCCUCAAGGAGUGGUACAAAAUGUACAUAUGUCGGCUGAACCUGAUCCUGAAACGCAAAAGUUGCAAUUUUUAUACAAAGUCGAGGCAGGUAUCUGUGAUAAGAGUUUUGGAAUACAUGUUGCAGAAUUAGCAAGAUUUCCUGCUUCGGUCCUCCAAGAUGCUAAAGAUACUGUCGAUAGAUUAGAAAAAUAUGGAAUAGGAGAAGAGGAUUCCGGUAACAAAACAUGCUCAUCAGAAAAGAAGGAAGCCUACCACUUCAUGAAAUGGUUUCUUGCCAAAGUCCAGUAUAUUCAAUCCUCCUCUCAAACUGAAAGCCAGAAGAAGGAAGCAAUCGAUAACCUAAAGGAAGUUGCAAGACGGUCUUCGAAUAAGUAUAUUCAAAGUAUUCUUUGAUGUAUAUAAUACACGUUUGUAAAAAGACAUAUUUUGUUGUGAACAGUCGUUAUUUUAUUUACUCAUCAACUUUCAUUUUCUUUUUUCCAUUUUUCAAAGGUGUGUUUGUUGAUAUAUCGCAACCCACAAUAUUUGCAAGUAGCAGGGUAAGGAGCUUCCAAACGAAUAUACUCUAUUGGGUGCCCCAGUGGACCACCACCUCCAUUACAAGCUGCAACAUAACCAUCAACUACAAUCGGAGGUACUUUGGAUAUGAGUUCCAUAGCGUCACUUUGCCACUUUUCUCUCACUUCUUCAAGGCUGGUUCCUUCCGGAUAAACACCAAGAGGUUGAUGUAAACGUUUUGUUUUUAUACCAGAAAGUUCUUUUUCUUCUUCUGUUUCUACUCUUUUGUGAAAUGUUGUAGUAUGAAAGCUCUCAUAUUUAGAACGAUAUGCUUGCCAUAACAACAACCUUGCUGUAGGUCGAAUCAAUCGCAUCUUUUACCGAAGAAUAAUAAUGAAAAGACUUGCAUUUAUACGUAGUUGUUCGGUUUGUAUUCGUUGUCAUGUCAAUCCAACAAACAGAAAAAGGUUUUUAUUUUUACAUAUGACAGUUUCAAGAAGAAAUUUUACAAGGCAAUG